GUAUUGUUGUGUAAGUAUAGAGGAGCGUCAGACAGACCGAAGUAGGCUGCCAACCUAUCUAAAUGGGGAAGGUGCGGCGAUGGCCCAACAACGGCGCAAGUGAUAUUUUGCGGGCCUUCGUUAUUCCGAAAGUGAUUAUUCACUUCUCGCUGCAGGAGUGUUUGCCCCGGAAAUGUGGCCCUCAAUCUUCCUGAAUUUCAAGGAGGAAUAGCAAGCAGACCUGUCGGACAUGGACAAGCAUCACGCGGCUGCCAGCAAACUAGCUGACAAGAUCGCAGGCUUCCACUCAAAGGGGGUUGCAUUCCGGAUUUACCAUGGCAAUACAAACAGUACCCGCUCAACCACAUUCUCUCGAUCAAUAUCAACAUCAAUAUCAUUGACGUCCUCUCGAUCAAUAUCAACAUCAGUAUCAUUGACAUCCUCCCCGUGAAAUAGGCUCGUCCUACAAGUCAUUCUAUGCCAGUCGAUAUGGCAGCCGGUAUUGCAAAACGAGACACGGGCGGAGCGAGAGAGAGUCGCCACAAACGUGGCCAGCAGCAGAAUAAUCCUGACGAGGACGAAGACGAAGAUACGACUGAGCCCCGGCGAAAGAGUCGAAGAAUCCAGGACAGCGCCAGCCAAGGCCGCCAGCAAAACCCGAGAGUAAGCUCCAAGACAUGUCGACAGAGCCUGCGAGUACAAGAGAAACAAGCCACGAACCAACAACGAACUGCAAGACUCUUCCCCACCACAGACCAGCUCUCUGAGCACAACUUGCGAAUAUUCAACGGGGAAAUAAAUCCCGCAGCCAAUAAUGCUCCAAUUCUCGAACGAACCUCGUCAAGCCCCUCCGGAUCUUCCGAAGCGGAGACAAUCCCAUCUCAACGCUCCUCUGACACCAACGGCCAUUACCGCUACACGCACCUUGAGGACGCUGAAGUCUACAUCCACACCGAUGCGCCCGGCGACAUCCAGGUCGCUAUCGACCGCAUUGUCAAAGCCGAAGUCUCGAACGAUCGCCGCAUUAAACUCCGCAACAUUGCCAAAGAAUUCUACGACGCCUGCAAGAAACUAGUUCAGGCUGGGGCUGGCGAAGCUGACUUCGUUUCGCUAUUCCGCCGCGCACUUGAAGCUAUGAACCCCGACCAGAUCCUUUUCUGUGGAAAAGCCGACUGGCGAGAGGAGCUGAAGCCGAUUCCUCAGCAGUCGGAUCUCGAUUUGAGUUUCUUAGUAGAUUUCAAUGCCAUAGACACCCAGCCUCUCCCGAAGAAAGCUCAAGACCCCUCCCUAAUCAAAACACCUCGUCCCAACAUCUCAAUAGGCAUCAAGAAAACGGCCGUCAUCUCCGCCCUCGCCGCUCUCGCGUCGCAGAAUGUCAGCAAUACCAAGGUCAAGAAAUUCCUUCAAAAGCUCGAGAGCACCACGGUGCCAAGCCAGCAAGGCGGGCCUGCAGAACCGCUGCUGAUCGCAUUUCCCGCGCAACGCGCAUCAGAUCUUGUCUUCCCAUUUGCUGUUGUUGAGGGCAAAGCUUACUCGACCGGCAAACAAGUCUUCGAAGCACAAAACCAGGCUGCUGUCGCCGGGGCCUCUGGGCUGAAGAUACAGCUUGCUCUGAACGAGCUGGUCAAGCGCUCAACGACAAGUUUCGGUGUUCCACCUUCGCCGUUCAAGGAUCAACUGCCGCUCUUCUUCUCCAUUUGCACUGAAGGCCCCUACCAUGAGCUUUGGGCCCACUACACCCUCAUCGAAGAUGGUGUGCGCACAUUCAACAUGAGGCUUCUGCAGAUUUGUAAUGGUGUGUUGUUGGAGGGUGUGGAGGAGUUUAUGGUUUCGGUGGAUAAUGUGUUGCGUUGGGGUGCAGGACCGUUUCUGGAAUCAGUGGUGGAGCGUCUGGGAACAGUGGCGAAGAAGAUAGGGGCUUAGACUUAGAAUUGUCCGAGUACUUGAAAACAUAGCCAUCUGGUC